GCGUGCAUCAUGUUGUAUCACCUGUUGCUGCAGACAGUAAAGACACAACAGUCAGCAGGUGUAUCACCCGGUCAGCCUCACCUCCUGCAGUAUCAUCUUGAUGACGUUAAGCAGGUGGAGAAGGCCGUCAACGACUUGUCACAGGCGGCGAUAGGAGGGUCGUUGUACGUCAUCGCUGAUGAAGUAGUGAGUGAGUACAGGAUCAACAACUUCCAUACUUUGUGUGACAAGCUGGUGACAGAAAUUCAUGGUCUCCAUCUUUGGGCGGCAAGUUGUUUCCAUGGAGACGCACCUGCUAACUGGCAAGUGGAAUAUUUAACCAGACCCCUCCGCUCUCCACCGAGCGUCGUCAGGGAAGUGAAGCAGGACGAAAUAAUCACUAGACGCCGUCAUGUCCACCCGUACAGUGAGCGAGGUGUACCCGACCACACAGACGGCCCGCCAGUCAGACGACUGUAUCACCGAGGUCAGGGUCACUCAGGUGACAGUCCACUUGACUGUGUGACGUGCGGUCGUGUGGUGGCCAGCUUCCUACACAGUCUCCGUGUUGGUGUUACAGAGAGUGGCAGAGCAAAAUCUACAACAUUGACCUCCACCAGCGACAGCAUACCACCCUGUGUACAGUGGAGAGACGUGCUUGUGUUGGACUGGUAUGACGAUAGUAACAACCCGGGUAUUGUGACGGGACUGCAAGAAGCGGGUAUCCCAGUGCGGGUGAUGAAGGAUGAUGACAUCGAGGAAGUGGCCACGGCCCGCAGUGACGUGGUGUGGGUGGCGGAUGGACGUCGUGUUCGUGGUCUGGAGAGAAAAGUCGUUGUCUGUCUUACGGAUCCUGAUUUCGUUUCAUUUAGAUCUUUUUUGUUUAGACGUCCAGCACGUAACUCUGCCCGACUUGACCUCAUGUCUCGCUGUACGUCGCAGCUUGUGAUUGUCUGCCCUGACCACUAGAUACCUGAACUUAAAUGAAACUCAGACACGUUUAUCCCGUUGUACUUGUGUGUCUGUCUCUCUGACAUCAAAAUUUACUUUUUGUCUUUCUGCUUUUUUACUCUCAGUCUAUCUCCACGUCAUUACCCCGUCACUUUAUUAUAGUGUCUCGCAACGAGAGGUCUGUUUCUCUGUUCACUCAAUAAGUAAUGUCAAAUUCAAUAUCAUACCACAAACUUGUAUGAUACGCUGGAUCUUGUUUAAACAACAAUGUGAAUAUUGUAUUUUAUGACAAUGAU